UUCACCAGUAUCUCUCCAGAGUCUUCUGAAUCCAAGUGCUUUUUAUCCAAUGUUUCAUUUUAUUUGUAGAAGGGAAAUUUAAAUGAAUACAUUUUUCCCUUCCCCCUGGAUUGUUAAUACCAGAACACUGUAAAUCUGUUUAUUACCACAACAAGGAUAAAUGAUACGUCUGCCAAAGAUUUUUGAUAACGGGUGCAGUAAUGCAUUUCAGCACUUUCUGAAAUUAAAGGUCUGCCCUGAAAGAAAUAAUUUUGCCUCAGUUAAACUCAGAAAAAAGAUCUGGAUAAAAAAAUGGAAUCCUUAAGUCUCAGGACCCAGAGAGACUGCUAGAAUUUACACCCAAAUUUCUACCUGAAUGAGUUUCCCCACCUUCUUAGUGAUUGUACACCUGCCUUCCUUAUAAGGAGAACAAGGAAGUGAAUCAUGUUGAAGUUGCUCUUAAGCAGGGCUUUUCUUCUUUACCUGUCCAGGUAGCCUCUGUUUUCAUUUCAGUCUUAAUGAAAACUUUUUUGUCCUUUCCAUCUAGAGUUUCUGUUCAAAGCAGUCGAGAACUGAAAACGAAUGGGGAUUGAAUUGCUUUGCCUGUUCUUUCUAUUUCUGGGAAGGAAUAACCAUGUUCAAGGGAGCUGUGCUGUGGGUAAUGCAGAGACUUGUGAAGACUGCUUGCUCAUUGGACCACACUGCUCCUGGUGUUCUCAAGAGGACUUUACCCAUCCAUCUGGAAUUGGUGAAAGGUGUGACACUACAGAGAAUCUUUUGGCUAAAGGAUGUUUGCUGCAUGCCAUUGAAAAUCCUACUUCCACAAUAGAAAUACUUAGAAACAAGCCAUUGAGUAAAGGAAGUCAGAAAAAUACUUCGGAUAUUAUACAAAUUUCACCCCAAAGCUUAGUUCUAAAAUUGCGACCAGGUAAUGAGAAAACAUUACAAGUCCAUGUUCGCCAGACUGAGGAUUAUCCAGUAGAUUUGUAUUACCUCAUGGAUCUCUCAGCCUCCAUGGAAGAUGACCUUAAUACAAUAAAGGAACUGGGCUCCACGCUAUCCAGAGAGAUGUCUAAAUUAACAAGCAACUUCAAGCUGGGCUUUGGCUCCUUUGUAGAAAAACCUGUUUCUCCUUUUAUAAAGACAACACCUGAAGAAAUAGUCAACCCUUGCAGUAGUGUUCCCCAUUUUUGCUUACCUACCUUUGGAUUUAAACACAUUCUGCCAUUGACAAGUGAUGCAGAAAGGUUCAAUGAAAUCGUGAAGAAUCAGAAAAUUUCAGCAAAUAUUGACACUCCAGAGGGGGGAUUUGAUGCGAUUAUGCAAGCUGCUGUCUGUAAGGAACAAAUUGGUUGGAGGAAUGAUUCCCUCCAUCUUCUUGUGUUUGUGAGUGAUGCAGAUUCUCAUUUUGGAAUGGACAGUAAAUUGGCCGGAAUCGUUAUCCCCAAUGAUGGAGUUUGCCACUUGGACAGCAAGAAUGAAUACUCCAUGUCAACUGUUUUGGAAUAUCCAACAAUUGGACAACUUAUAGAGAAACUGGUGCAAAAUAAUGUUUUAUUGAUCUUUGCUGUGACAAAGGAGCAAGUUCAUUUAUAUGAGAAUUAUGCCAAACUUAUUCCUGGAGCUACAGUAGGGCUUCUUCAGAAAGACUCUGGAAACAUCCUUCAGUUGAUCAUCACAGCAUACAAAGAACUGCGAUCAGAAGUGGAACUGGAGGUGUUGGGAGAUACAGAGGGACUCAGCCUGUCAUUCACAGCUAUCUGUAAUAAUGGCACCAUCUUCCCACACCAAAAAAAAUGCUCUCACAUAAAAGUCGGAGGCACAGCAACAUUCAAUGUGACUGUAAGCCUACCAACUUGUGAGAAAAGAAGCAGGCACAUCACCAUCAAGCCCAUGGGCCUGGCAGAUGCUCUAGAAAUCGAGAUUAGCCCCCAAUGCAGCUGCAACUGUCAAAAGGACUUGGAAGUAAACAGUUUCAAGUGUAGCGGAGGGAAGGGCUCCUUUCAGUGUGGGGUGUGCAUUUGUAACCCUGGCUACAUGGGCCCUCUCUGUGAAUGUGAUGAGAACGCCCUGAGCACCGACUCAUGUAGAGAUGCCCUGGGUCAUGCCUCUUGCAGCGGAAGGGGAGAUUGCUACUGUGGCCAAUGCAUUUGCCACCUGUCUACAUAUGGACAGGUUUAUGGGACCUAUUGUGAAUGUGACAAUUUUUCCUGUGUGAGACAUAAAGGAUUGAUAUGUGGAGAUAAUGGACACUGUGACUGUGGAGAAUGUAUAUGCAACAGUGGAUGGACUGGUGAAUAUUGCAACUGUACCACCAGCACUGACUCAUGCAUCUCUGAAGAUGGCAUGCUUUGCAGUGGAAGAGGAAACUGUACCUGUGGAAAAUGUGUGUGUACCAACCCUGGGGCCUCAGGCCCUACGUGUGAACAAUGCCCUACCUGUGGUGACCCCUGUAACUCUAAACGGAGCUGCAUCGAAUGUCAUUUAUCUCCUGAUGACGGGUCCAAAGGAGAAUGUGUUGACAAAUGUAAACUGGUUGAUGCAAUCAUCAGUGAUGAAGAUUUCUCAAAGGAAAAUUCUGUUUCCUGCUCUUUGCAAGGGGAAAAUGAGUGCCUUAUUACAUUCCUGAUGACCACAGAUAAAGAGGGAAGAACAGUCCUUCAUAGCAUAAACCAGAAAGAUUGUCGGGAGCCUCCCAACAUUCCAAUGAUCAUGUUGGGAGUAUCUCUUGCCAUUCUUCUUAUUGGAGUGGCCCUGCUUUGCAUAUGGAAGCUGCUAGUAUCAUUUCAUGACCGGAAAGAAGUUGCCAAAUUCGAAGCUGAAAGAUCCAAAGCCAAAUGGCAAACGGGAACCAACCCACUGUAUAGAGGCUCCACAAGUACAUUUAAAAAUGUAACAUAUAAACACCAGGAAAAACAAAAGAUGGACAUUACCGCAGACUCCCAUUAGCGGUUCAUGCACUGGAAAAGUCUGUUUCACUGAUAGAAAAUGUCAACUGCACGAUUUAAUUUUUAUUUCUUUGUUGCUAUAAAUUGAGGUUUGCUCAAGAUAAUAAUAGGUCAUUUCGAGAUCAGCCUUACUUGUGGGAAGGUUAGCAACUGAUGCCUGCCAGGUUCAAAAUAAUUAAGAAAAGGAGUAUCAACAACAAAGACUUGACUUUGGGGAUCAUGUUAAUGAAUGCAAAACCUAUUGCGUUUAUGCCUGGGGGGAAAAAAAUCCUCAGAAUAAUGUAUGUGUGGAUCUAAUUUGCAUGUGAAAAAUAUGAAGAAUUAGAAUUUCAUUUGUUUUAGAAAUAUUGUCUUUGUCCUAGAAGAAUCAUAAAACCUUACAAAUAUCUACUUACCCAACCGCAUGUCCCCAUUCUUAGAGGAAGACCAAAGGCCCUUGUAAAUGGUGAGAUUGGGAUAGUAUUCCAGUGGCAAUUGAUUGGAUAUUAUUCCAGUUAAGGAAUUUUUCUCAAAAUAUCACCAGUAAGACUGCAGAUGAAAGGAAGCAGAAUAAUUUGGAUUGACAAUGGCUAGGGUUUCAUAUCACUCCAGUCUUCUUUUUGUUGAGGGCAAGAUAGAACUGGGAAAACCCUCAACAGGCAGAGAGCAUGAGUUUUACUCACCAUUAAAUCCUUGAUAGUUUGCAUUCUAACGAUCUCCACUUAUGUCGAGGCUUUGCAAGCAGUUUUUAUUUGUUUAUGCAUGAGGAAGGGCAGUCAAAUAAUUUAGAAAUUAGGAAAUCACCAGAAAGAGAAAAACUGAGGCAGAGGUGGACAAAGAGACAGAGGGAGAAAUAAAGGGACCCUAGAGUUUAGUUAGUGUAUUAAACUACAAGGCUAUAAAAUUCUCACAUUCCCCAUACCUCAGGUUUUAUUCUCUGUACUCCUAAAUCUGUUGGUUUUUUUUUUGGGGGGGGGGUGAGAAGAAGAAGGAAAAAUAACUUAUUUUAAGAGUAUCAGGUAACUUAACUGGCAGAAAGCACUAAUAAUAUAAAAAGGGGCAUGAGUUAUACAGGAUAAAAUCCAAAGUGGUUUUUAAUCAAACAAGUCCUUUGUGACUAUCUUUUUUAUUAGUUGCCUUAUCACAUCUGUCUUUAUAAAUUUGAUCUAGUAGACAACAUCCAUAAGUCAUCCAAAAAUACUGUUAUUUUUACUUUGUGUCUGAGAAAUAUAUUUGGCUAUAUAGAGACAUGUAUGGAUUAGUCACAUAUGUGAAGGUCUCUAUAGUUUUCCUAAAAUAAUGAUGGAAACAUUGCUCCAGCGGAGUGAAAGGUAGACUAUAUCUGAAAAAUGAACAUGAGAAUAAUGAAACAGCAUUAAAGCCCAAUCCCACUGGAAUUCAGGGAAGGUAUUGUAGGCUCCUCUUGGGCAAUGUUAAUUACCCUGAGUUUAACCAUAAAGUGAAUCAGUUUACUAGGUUAAUAGUUUGUCCAUUAUCUAAUAGAACAGGUUAUUGGGACUUUGUGAUCCUGCACAAGUUAUAACUUGUCUGAGUGCCCCAGGCAACUAAGGCAAUAAAUGACCAAUGUGAUUAGGGCCUGCACCGCAGUGAUGGCAGUGUCAGAAGAGACAGUUAGGCAUGUAUGAGAGGUGUUAUAUAGGUAGAAUUGACAGGUUUUAUCAAUUGAUUUGGAUAUGGUAUGGGGAAUUAUGAAAAAGAAUGCAGAUGACACAGGUCUAAAUGUACAUUGGUAGAAGAAGUUGCUCUCCUGGAGAUAUAGAAAAAAAGUCACUGGAAUAUCAACUACCUAGUUGGGUUUCUUCUUUGUUUUUGGUGAGGCAAUUGGGGUUAAGUGACUUGUCUAGGGUCACACAGCUAGUAAGUGUUAAGUGUCUGAGGUCGGAUUUGAACUCAGGUCCUCCUGACUCCAGGGCCGGUGCUCUAUCCACUGCGCCACCUAGCUGCCUAGUUAGCUUUCUUCUACUUUUGGUAUAUUUUGGUAUAUCUUUCCAUGUGACCUCUUUCCCCUCCAUUACAUCUGUAACCCAGAUAGAUUAGAGGUUUAUUGAACUACAUUACUGUCCACUACAAGAUUAUUCAAUCCUUACUAAACAAAUACCUGGUAAAAUUGAUGUGCUUUGGGUAAGCACAUAGUAAGCACUUAAUCAAUGCCUUUUCAUUCAUCCAUCCAUCCAUCCAUCCAUCCAUCCAUCCAUCCAUCCAUCCAUCCAUCCAUCCAUCCAUCUAUUCACUCAUUCAGUGUCUAGCUUUCUGACUUAAAGACUGACUUAGGAGGGGCAGCUAGGUGGCGCAGUGGAUAAAGCACCAGCCCUGGAUUCAGGAGUACCUGAGUUCAAAUUUGGCCUCAGACACUUGAUACUUACUAGCUGUGUGACCCUGGGCAAGUCACUUAACCUCCAUUGCCCGCAAAAAAAAAAAAAAAAAAAAAAAGAUUGACUUAGGGGUUGGGAAAAACCUAGGUGAGUCUGUGAGUUAUAUUACUGAUCGUAUAUCAAUAUCUACAUGGGAUUUACUGUUUUAAAAACAUUUUUGCAUUCAUUACUGGGAAGGUACUUUAGAAAACUGUUAUGAGUGUAUGUGUUUAUAUGUGUGUGGAUGUGCAUGUGUAUUUGUUUAUUUGUUUUAGGGAGGAUAGAAUAGUCUUUCUGCUAUUUUCAAAUAUUGUUUUGUCCCAAGGCUGGUCCUUGAAAAAGCCAAAACAUUCAAAGAAGUACUUCUGUUCACUGAAGAGUUAAGUUACAUAAAAGUAGGGUUUUGUUGUUGUUGUUGUUGUUGUUGUUAGCAAUUUCGUUGUGUUUUUGUGUUGACUUAAA